AUGGCUGACAUGGACGAGUUUGCGCAGACCCGAGGUGGGGACGAUCUAUUCGACGAUGAGAUCAUCCCUGUCACCGCGGAGGAACAGCAACAACAACCCCCACCAGUCCAACAACAGCAAUCCCCUGCUGAACCACCUGCUGUCAAGGAGCCUGUGGCUGCUCCGGUAGUUGACCGCGACACAACGCCUGCGACUACAGAUGCCCCGCCGCGACAACGCGGUGAACGGCGCGGACGAGGGAGGGGUAGAGGCGGGCGAGGUGGAAGAGGGGCACAAAAUGCGGGAUCGAGACGUUCGGACGGACCAAAGAGUAAGACAGAGGAGGGCGCCGCGGAAAGUGAGCCUCAGAAUGGGGAGGAAAAUACGGCCGAGGCUGCUGGUGAGAAGGCAGAGCAGCCGAGUAAUGAGGAGGCUGCUGCUACCCCAGCAGACGCGCCGCGGGUCCCUGCUGUUCGUGGAGAUAGAAGUGCAACUGGAGGAGUCAAGAAGCCAAAACUCACAGAAGAGGAGCUUUCUCAGCGCAUCGCCGCUGCGCGAGAAAACGCUGCCAAGAAAGCCGCAGCGCAUGCUCGUGCUGAAGCCGACCAAGCGUCUUUCAUGGAACGCGAGAAGAUUGCCGAGAAGAAACGCCGCGAGGAGAGGGCAAACCGCCGAGUGAUGGACACUGAGAGAGAGCGCAACCGACUGCGGAAACUCGAAGCCCUGGGCGGACGGGAAUGGGAUGCCGAUAAACCGGAGGAGCAAUUUAGCUCACGCGGAGGAAGAGGACAAUUCCGACGGGGCAUGCACGGUGGCGUGUCAGGAUACACAAGGAGAGGCUUCGAAGAUUCCCAGACAGGCGAGGACUCGCCUGACAGCAACACCCCACAACCUCAUGGCCACCGCGGCCGGGGUCGCGGAAGAGGUGGACGGGGCCGUGGAAACCAUCGUGGUUUCCAAGAUCGUCCAUCCGGAGACAGACCAUCUGAUACAACGCCACAACCUACACCGGUGAUCACAAACGAGGCGGAGUUUCCCUCGCUACCCGGUGCAGAGAAGAAGGACACGGCCGCCGGCGACUCGGCGCCUCCUUCGAACGACAAGACAAAACCUCUGUCACCAAUAUCUGGCGCGACAUGGGCGGAUGAAGUCGAAGCUUCACGAGAAUAA